UACCCACCGCAGACAAAAUUUUCAAUAAAGAAUAAAAAUUUACCGUUGCCAAAUUUCAUCGAAUAUUUUUGUGACACACGUAGAUACGAGUAUCAUAAUUCAUAACGGUGUUGUUUUUUCUUCUUUCGUGUAUUACUUCAUUCAGCUAUAUAAAUGAAAUUUUGAAUUGAAUUUUGAAACGUCAUCAGUGCCAUGACUUAUUGUGCUGAAGGAGGUUCGUAGUGCGUUUUAGAUCAAUUUUAUAAUUCUUGACAAUGACUGAAAAAAUAAUAUGGAUCGUGUUUACGCUUCAUUUAAUUCCAAAUUUAUCAGAAUGCACGAAAUUAUCAGGAAUGUUGUCGGACAGAAGGAUGAAUUUGAAUGUCUUGAAAACGUUCGAUAGGUUUUUCUACCUUCGAUAUAACGAUGCAUUUUUUAUUCGUAAUACGGAAAAAACGAUAACUGAUGAAUACCUCAUGUCCCUGUAUACGGAAGAAUUCGAAAUGACUGAUUCGUUGAAGAAAGACCUUCGUAUGCAUGCCAUUUACUUGGAAAACACUGCGUGGUAUACGACAAGUAUCACUGAAUUAUUCUCAAUUCUAUACACCAAGUACUUGGCAGCAAAUCACAUCAUUUCUUUGGCAAAUUGUCGCAUAUAUUACACUUACGGAGAUGCUAAUGUUGAAAGAGCAACAAGGUGUAAAAAAAUUGCCAAAUAUCUGCACGCAUUUGUGGAGAUUGCUCUCGGAAAAUACAUAACACGGACGGAAGAGUUUUUAAGUAACGUUUUAGCAGUCAGAGAUAAAAAUGAAAAUCCUCGACCAUACGAAAAUUUAUUUUACGGAUUUUAUCAAUACUUCACCCACGUUACAAGUGUAAUGGUAGAAGAAAAUUACCGACCUGAGAUUCCGGAUAAUAAAGAUGAACUUUUGAAGAUUUUAUUGCUCCGAGAAACAAAAUUUGAGCAAACUACACGACUGACGUUCAAAUAUUUUUUCAGAAAUGUUUUCUUUGAUACACCCCUGAAAGAUUUCAACUCGUUGUUGAAAAAAGCGGAAGAAGAAAAAAUGGUGUUGAAUAGUAAGAAAUUUACGAACAUUCGUAACGAAACCAUAAAGUUUUGGGGAAUAGUCGAUAAUUUGAUCCAGAAAAUAGAAGAAGGAGAUCUUAUCGCUCCAACAUUAAUUGACAAAGAAAGAGAAUACAGUAUAGAAUCGGAUGAAGAUGAUUCUUCCGAACCAAACAAACGAGUGGCAGCAAAAAGUAACGUCGCUGAAAUGAUUCGAAAACUCGAAAUAAGAAAAUUGGCAGUUCGCGGUGUCAAACUCUCUGGAUUAAAGAAAGAAGCUGAAAACGAAGUACUAUUCCAGUUCUUUAUCGAAGCUGUUUACAAGGCUUACGAACCAGUUGGUCAGAAGCUGAAAUUUGUAUCAGUGGAAGCUGAAAAACUUAGCAAUUUAGAAAUCCAUUUGAAAAGUUAUACUUCUAUGGGUGAAGUAAUAAGCCCUCAAGAGUUUUCUUACGAAGUCCAAGAUAUUAUGUCUUCUGCCGAAGUUUACAACAGCGCUGCUGACAAGAGUUUCAAUUCGAUGUCUGCUGAAUCGUACAAGACUGUCGUUUCAACAGCGGUGUCUUCUAUUAGCAAACAAGAAAUGGACGCCAGCAGGGUUAAACAAGUGGCUGAAAUCAGGCGUUUGAUUGCUGAAAAAACUUCAGCGGCGGCUGCCGGAGGUCGAUCUUCCAACAUGAAUUAUUCAAAACCCGGCGAUCUUUCUCAUUUGGCUCGUUAUAUGGCAUCUUCCAAUCAAGCUAAUAAUUCGAGAAUGAUUGCUGAGAAAUCCAUGAGAUCAUCGGAGGGCGGUGAUUCCGAUUAUGGCGAUGUCAGUCAGAAUUUAUCGAGAUCUAGUGCGAUGCGAGAUAAUUCCAAAGUUUAUUAUAAAAAUAAUAUUCCAAAGAGAAAUCGUGUUACCUUUUCCAGUAGUCAAGCGAUUGCAGCAUAGUUUAGCUAAUUACGAUUAUUAAAUUUCAAAUUUUCGCCAGUUCGAAGAAGUAUCUACCUACAAGCAAAUAUAUUUUUUCAAAAUGUU